AUGAAGCUGACUACUGUUCAAAUCCCUGCGAUUGCCAAACAUACUGCCACUGUGGUGUUCCUGCAUGGUCUGGGAGACUCUGGCUAUGGCUGGCAACCAGUCGGCGAGAUGUUGGCACCAAGACUUCCUCAUAUCAAGUGGAUAUUUCCAAAUGCACCAAACAUUCCAGUGACAUUGAAUGGUGGUGCAGUGAUGCCAGCUUGGUAUGACAUUACUUCGCUCAAUGGUAAUGGACGAGAGGAUAAGCCUGGGUUGCUGGCAUCUGCCAAGACUAUCCAUGAGCUUAUUGCUACUGAAGCCGAUUUGGGAAUCCCAACAAAUAGAAUCCUGCUCGGUGGAUUCUCUCAAGGAGCUGUCAUAUCUUUGCUUGCUAGCCUUACAUCUGAAUCCAAAUAUGCUGGAGUAGUAGCAUUGAGUGGGUAUCUUGCACUCCGAAACGAGAUCUCCGAGCUCAAGAAAACAAUCAAUGAUACCACUCCAUUUUUCAUGGCACAUGGACAUGAGGACGAGGUGGUUAAAUAUGAGUACGGAAAACUGUCGUCUGAAUAUCUCAAGAAUCAACUCAAGUUGAAUGUUGAUUUUAAAACGUAUCAUGGGAUGGGACACUCUACCCAUCCCAAAGAGUUGGAAGAACUUGAACUUUUUAUUAAGCAAGUGCUUGAUCCUACUGCAACAGGCUCCAAUAAAUAACUGACUAAAAUC